AUGGCAUCAAUGAAGUAUGAUCUACCGAUGUUGGACUACAAGACGAGGUUCUCCCUGUGGCAAGUGAAGAUGCGGGCAGUUCUCAGGAAGAGGAAGAAGGAUGAGUGGACCGCUGAGGAAAAGCGGAAGGAUCAUAAGGCUCUCUCACUUAUUCAACUUCAUCUAUCUAAUGAUAUGCAAGAAGUGCUGCAGGAAAAAAGUGCUGCAGAACUUUGGCUCAAACUGGAAUCGAUUUGCAUGUCCAAAGAUCUAACUAGUAAGAUGCACAUGAAGAUGAAGUUAUUCUCACACAAGUUGCAGGAGGGUGGUUCGGUGGUUAACCACAUAUCGGUCUUCAAAGAGAUCGUUGCCGACCUAGUGUCGAUAGAGGUGCAGUUUGAUGAUGAGGAUUUAGGUCUUCUCUUAUUAUGUUCACUGCCUAGUUCAUAUGCAAAUUUCCGUGACACCAUACUUUUAAGCCGUGAUGAACUAACCCUCUUGAAAGUUUAUGAGGCACUCCAGUCCAGGGAGAAGAUGAAAGGCAUGGUACAGUUUGACGGGUCGUCUUCCAAGGGCGAAGCGUUGCAUGUCAGAGGCAGAACUGAGCAGAAGACCUACAAUGAUAGCAACGAUCGUGAGAGAGCCUAG